AUGCCUGUUAUGACCAUGCUAAGAACAUACCGCAUCAGAAGUGCAGAUGCAGAUUUGCCUUUUGAAAUCUGUGAAAUAAAAGGUUUAGAACCUGACAAAAAAUCUGAGAGUCAAAUAUAUAACAUUGUCAACACCAUAUAUGGACAUGUGAAGGAGGGAUAUAAAUUCGAGGAUAAACCUAUCACUAGCGACGAUGAGCAUUACAAUCAAAACCCUUCACUGUCUGAUCAAGCCUUCUGCGUAGUUUACGUCAUAGAUGCAAAUACAAUCCAUCUCUCUGCAGAUUAUACGAUAAUCACAGAGAAACUGAGGCUCAUUCGACAGACCAUCAGUGAUAACGGGAUUCCUCAAGUGAUUGUCAUGUCUAAAGUGGAUGAAGCAUGUUAUCUCAUCAAAAAGGAUCUAAAGAUGGUCUACAGAAGCAGGAUCAUCAAAGAGAGGAUGGAGUUGUGCAGUGCCACAGUCGGUGUUCCAGUGAGCAACAUCUUCCCAGUGAAGAACUAUCAUAAUGAGAUUAACACAAACGAUGUUGUUGAUGUCUUGAUUCUCAAGGCAUUUUAUCAGAUUGUGCGUUCUGCUGAUGCAAGACUGAAACAUGGUGCUUACAACGAAUGUACACAACAAUAA